AUAGCGGUAAGUCAAAUGGCCAAGCGUCAUUCUAAAAUCAUAUUUCAGGUCGUGAUGAGGUGGAUUUUCAUUUUCGCUCUACUCGUGAUCAUAGGGCUAGACAAUGAAGGUCAAGCAGAGCAGAUAAGUGAGGAGACAUCGGUGGCCCGUGGCCCUGAAAUCGGACCUCGACAAACGCGUAAAUCCAAGCGAAAAACAACUGUGAUACCCGACGAUAAAAUGUCUGGCGAGGAUAUACAUCCAACGGAUAGGGUGCAAACAAAAAACAGACCUAGCACAAAAUUGGUGCGACUCAAAAAUCCGGAAGCACCACCCGCUAUCACGCAGCGAACAGUGGCCCAUAGACGUGGUUGUGGAGGUGCACGCGGCGCUCCAGGAGCUUCCGGGGGACGCAGGCCAGGCGGUCAAGGCGGAAAUGGCGGAGGCUGUAAUGGAUGUAGCGGCAGACCUGGUGGAAAAGGCGGCAGACCUGGUGGAAAAGGUGCCAGCUCUGGUGGAAAUGGUGGUAAUGGUGGCGCCUCUGGUGGUAACGGUGGAACCGGUGGUAAUGGUGGCAGUGCUGGCUCUCCUGGAGCUCCUGGUGCGCCCGGAAAAACUCGUGAAGGCUCACCCUUUAGUUUUAAGUAAUAAACAAUAACGAUCAAUUUGUUUGUUGUUGGGUUUAUUUUGGAAACAAAUUGAACAAAUAGCUGAAUAGUUUCAGAAUAAAAUCUAACCGGGCUCUUAAAAUCAUUUGCGCCAAAUGUGGCUGAAUAAGUUCUGAUAAAAUGGGCCUUUAAAUGUGUAAUAUAA